UUGUCUACAACAAUUAAGACUUUCACAGCGCCAACAAUACUACUUCAUGUAAAAAUGACAUCCAUAGCUGGUGGACAUGGCGAAACGAAUCCGAACAGCUCUUGGCUAAGCGCCCGUGGCUUCUGGCUUGCAUAUUUUUUGGGACUGCUGUUUGUGCAUUUGCUGCUCUUAUCAGUGCCCUUUGUUACGAUUUCAGUCGCCUGGACGGCAACCAAUUUGCUGCAUAACGUAGCACACUUAUAUUUUCUGCAUAUUAUAAAAGGUGCACCUUGGCUGAGCAUCGAAAAUGACGCUAGUCGGCAAUGGACCCACUGGGAGCAAAUAGAUGACGGCGUUCAACUGACUCCAACACGCAAAUUUCUAACCGCAGUGCCAAUUGUACUCUUUCUGUUAACUUGUUUGUAUACGCGCAACAGCACGGAACAUUUCAUUGCAAAUUUUAUAUCCUUGGUUGUAGUCACGCUGCCAAAGCUACCGCAGUUCCAUGGAGUUCGUUUGUUUAAUAUAAAUAAGUACUAAAAUUCGCUUAGAUAAAUGCAUGUAAAUAUUUACGGCCGGACAGGUGGGCUUAUCGCUAUAUGAGCCUGUGUACAUACUAUUAAUAGAUAAUAGACUGAGCAGUUUGUGGCUUUUAACUUUUUGUUAUUGGAAUUGUGUAAAUAUACUACUAUAUAUGGCGCUAUAGUGCCUAUUUAA